AUGUCCAGCGCGCGACCGUCUGGACGCAACGCUGAUCUUCAUGACCGCAUAAACCAACUCGACUCACGUGUACUCGAGCUCCAAUCUACCGUCCUUACCAAAGAUGGCUAUGUCGAUCGCCGGAACCGCGAGGAUGACCACAUCCGUCGUGAAAUGGAGACCCAACGUGCUACCUCCCACCGUCUUGACUUCAACGUCGUGGCACUGCGCUCGGAUGUCGCCCAGAUAAACUCGCGUUUGGAUUCAGUGGACUCGCGUUUGGAUUCAGUGGACUCGCGUUUGGACUCAGUGGACUCGCGCUUGGACUCUAUGGCAUCGCACAUGAGACUCUCUGACCGUGUCCGUUUCAACUCUCUCGCCCACACCAUUUCCGCGCCCAUCAGCUCUGUUCCUGUCAUCACUGCUACCGGUGCUCUUAAAUGGCCCGGAUACUUUCCGCGUACGGUUUGGAAGUUCUGGUGUCUCAAGAACAGAAGUCGAGUCCAUCGUUUGGUUGAACUCGCGGAAUUUUAUCAACUGGGUGGUUACAAGGAUUGGUCGCGGAUGCAGCAGACCGACAUGUUUGCCAACAGCGACUCAAGUGACUCCAGUGAUGAAUCAUCCGUUAUCACUCGAGAAGAAGCCGUCCGUCGCUUUCCCGAAACUGCACAUCGAGUACUCGCGGCCACUCUAGGUCUUGUGUACUACAAGAUUCGCAAUGAGGUGGGCGAAGACCCUGAUGCCAUUCCUUCUCGUCCGCUGAAGCGUCAGCAAGAAAAAAAUGCUUCCGCAAGCCCAGGCUCCAAGUCUAAGCAGGUGAAGAUGCCACGUAAACUCAGUGUAUCGGACACUUACUUGCAACGGUUGAUCAAUGGUCCCUCUGUGGCCGAGUCUCGGUCAUCCGGUUCCGAGGAAUUUGACGAGUUGGGAUGGAAUCCAUUUUCAGAUGUCUCCGAGGACGCGAUGAGCAAGCUGCGAUCAAUUGACCCGCAAGACAUUGGAGCUGUCCUUCGUGCUUUGGAACAAGGUCGUCUCAAAUUGAAGCCCAGUGAUUCCGAGAAGGCGGGCAUGUCUCCCGCUGAGUCCAAGGAGUCCAAGGUCAGCCAUGGACGACUGGCCAAGUCACUUGAAAAGUCCGACGUGCCUACCGAGCCAAAAACUCCUACCCAGCCUAUUUCAUGA